GCAGGAAAGCUAACCGCAGACGAUGACCGUCCCCCACCCACACACGACACUCCCGUCCUCCUAUGUUUCAGAUCUCUCAUAAAUUUCGACUCACCAAAAUUCUCAUUUUUGCUUCGCAUAGAAGAAUACAUACUAUGCAACAUAUACAAACACUUGCCAGCACUCUCUCUCACAUAGUAACCCCUCCCCUACACCCCCAUCUCCCCUAGAUCUCUCUACCUUCUCUUUGGUUGCCGGAGGUUUUUUGUUUGCCGCUCCAGAUCUCCGGAGCGCUCGCUUAUACGCCGUCGCUUUUCGCUGCCGGUGGUUUUUUGCAGAUCCCGACUUCUGAUCUCGAGGAUUGGAUCAAUCGCCAGUCAUGGCGGCCGCCAACGCUCCGAUUACCAUGCAGGAGGCCCUUACGCUGACUAGCGUAGGGAUCAAUCCGCAGUUCAUCACUUUCACAAAUGUGACCAUGGAAUCCGAUAAGUACAUAUGUGUCCGGGAGACAGCACCUCAAAACAGCGUGGUGAUUAUUGACAUGAACAUGCCUAUGCAGCCAUUGAGGAGACCUAUCACCGCAGAUUCCGCGCUUAUGAAUCCAAAUUCUCGAAUUUUAGCGCUUAAAGGUGAUUCUGAACCAUUAAAGAUGUUUGAUAGAACUGCCAAUUUAGCAAACAACCAGAUUAUCAAUUACAAAUGCGAUCCUUCUGAAAAAUGGUUGGUGGUGAUUGGGAUUGCUCCAGGCUCUCCUGAGAGGCCUCAACUGGUCAAGGGAAACAUGCAGCUGUUCUCUGUGGAUCAACAACGUAGUCAGGCUCUAGAAGCACAUGCUGCAUCAUUUGCUUCUUUCAGAGUGCCUGGAAAUGAGAAGGAUUCAAUUCUUAUAUCUUUUGCGACAAAGACUUCUAAUGCUGGUCAGACGAUAUCUAAGUUGCACAUUAUUGAGCUUGGGGCCCAGCCAGGUAAACCAUCUUUUACAAAAAAGCAAGCGGAUCUGUUCUUCCCUCCAGAUUUUGCUGACGAUUUCCCAGUGGCCAUGCAGAUAUCACAUAAAUAUAGUCUUAUAUAUGUGAUUACAAAACUUGGGUUGCUGUUUGUAUAUGAUCUGGAAACUGCUACAGCUGUAUACAGAAAUAGGAUCAGUCCAGAUCCCAUUUUCCUGACAUCAGAAGCUUCAUCUGUUGGAGGUUUUUAUGCAAUUAAUAGGCGAGGCCAGGUUUUACUUGCUACAGUGAACGAAACUACUAUUAUCCCUUUCAUCAGUGGCCAGUUGAACAAUCUGGAGCUCGCUGUCAAUCUUGCCAGAAGAGGGAAUCUUCCUGGUGCAGAGAAUUUGGUUGUUCAACGCUUCCAAGAAUUGUUUGCUCAGACAAAGUAUAAAGAGGCUGCUGAGCUUGCUGCAGAAUCUCCACAAGGCAUCCUCCGGACUCCUGACACUGUUUCCAAAUUUCAGAGUGUUCCUGUACAACCAGGGCAACCCGCACCACUGCUUCAGUACUUUGGGGCAAUUUUAACAAAAGGAAAGCUUAAUGGAUUUGAAUCGUUGGAGUUAUCUCGUCUUGUGGUCAACCAGAACAAGAAGAAUCUAGUGGAGACUUGGUUGGCGGAGGAUAAACUUGAAUGUAGCGAAGAACUUGGAGAUCUUGUGAAGACUGUCGACAAUGACCUUGCACUGAAAAUAUAUAUCAAAGCAAGAGCUACACCAAAAGUUGUUGCUGCAUUUGCGGAGCGUCGGGAGUUCGACAAAAUCUUAAUAUACUCCAAGCAGGUUGGGUAUACACCUGACUAUCUGUUCCUUCUGCAAACCAUUCUUCGGUCAGAUCCUGAGGGAGCUGUUAGUUUUGCCUUAAUGAUGUCUCAAAUGGAAGGGGGUUGCCCUGUUGAUUAUAAUACCAUCACCGAUCUCUUUCUACAGAGGAAUAUGAUCCGUGAAGCAACAGCAUUUCUGUUGGAUGUUUUGAAACCAAAUCUGCCAGAGCACGCAUUCCUGCAAACGAAGGUCCUGGAGAUAAAUUUAGUCACCUUCCCGAAUGUUGCCGAUGCUAUCUUGGCAAAUGGCAUGUUUAGUCACUAUGACAGGCCUCGAAUUGCACAACUAUGUGAAAAAGCUGGCCUUUACGUGCGGGCACUUCAGCAUUACUCUGAAUUGCCUGAUAUCAAACGUGUCAUUGUGAAUACCCAUGCUAUCGAGCCACAGGCACUUGUGGAGUUUUUUGGGACACUUUCCAAGGAAUGGGCAAUGGAGUGUAUGAAGGAUUUGUUGCUGGUCAAUUUAAGAGGAAACCUUCAGAUAAUUGUUCAGGUUGCCAAAGAAUAUUGCGAACAUCUGGGAGUUGAAGCAUGCAUUAAGCUGUUUGAGCAGUUUAAGUCCUAUGAAGGAUUGUAUUUCUUCUUAGGAUCGUAUUUGAGCUCUAGUGAGGAUCCUGAGAUUCACUUCAAGUACAUUGAGGCAGCUGCCAAGACUGGACAAAUUAAGGAGGUUGAGCGGGUAACUAGAGAAUCAGAUUUCUAUGACCCUGAAAAGACUAAGAACUUUUUAAUGGACGCCAAACUUCCUGAUGCACGGCCAUUGAUCAAUGUUUGUGACCGCUUUGGGUUUGUUCCCGACCUUACCCAUUACUUGUACUCUAGCAACAUGCUCCGCUAUAUUGAAGGUUAUGUGCAAAAGGUUAAUCCAGGAAAUGCUCCAUUAGUUGUUGGGCAGCUCCUAGAUGAUGAGUGUCCUGAAGAUUUCAUUAAAGGCCUUAUCCUUUCUGUCCGAUCUCUGCUUCCUGUUGAACCUCUGGUGGAGGAAUGUGAAAAAAGGAAUCGGCUUCGCCUGCUUACUCAGUUUUUGGAGCAUCUCGUGAGUGAAGGAAGCCAAGAUGUGCAUGUUCACAAUGCUUUGGGUAAAAUCAUAAUAGAUAGCAACAACAACCCAGAGCAUUUCCUCACCACAAAUCCAUACUAUGAUUCGCGUGUUGUUGGUAAAUACUGUGAAAAACGUGAUCCGACCCUUGCCGUUGUUGCGUAUCGGAGAGGGCAGUGUGAUGAUGAACUCAUUAACGUGACAAAUAAGAACUCUCUGUUCAAGCUUCAAGCUAGGUAUGUUGUAGAAAGAAUGGAUGGUGAUCUCUGGGCAAAGGUUCUUGACCCUGAGAAUGAAUUCAGAAGGCUGCUCAUCGAUCAAGUCGUCUCCACUGCUCUGCCGGAAAGCAAGAGCCCAGACCAAGUUUCUGCUGCUGUUAAAGCUUUUAUGACAGCCGAUCUUCCUCAUGAACUUAUUGAGCUACUCGAAAAGAUUGUGCUUCAGAACUCGGCGUUCAGCGGGAACUUCAACCUGCAGAAUCUGCUCAUUCUGACUGCAAUCAAGGCUGAUCCACCGAGGGUCAUCGACUACAUUAACAGACUUGAUAACUUUGAUGGUCCAGCCGUUGGAGAAGUGGCUGUUGAAGCUCAGUUAUAUGAAGAAGCCUUUGCUAUUUUCAAGAAGUUCAACUUGAACGUCCAGGCUGUCGAUGUGCUACUGGAUCAUAUCCGCGACAUAAACCGAGCUGUGGAGUUUGCUUUCCGUGUUGAGGAGGAUGCUGUCUGGAGUCAAGUUGCUAAGGCUCAACUUCGUGAGGGAUUAGUUAGUGAUGCCAUUGAAUCAUUUAUUCGGGCUGAUGAUGCCACCCAAUUCCUGGAAGUAAUCAAAGCUGCCGAGGAUGCUGAUGUCUACGAUGAUCUGGUGAAGUAUCUUCUUAUGGUUAGGCAGAGAGCAAAGGAGCCCAAGGUGGACAGUGAGCUCAUUUAUGCGUAUGCCAAGAUUGAUAGACUGGGUGACAUUGAAGAAUUCAUUCUGAUGCCAAACGUUGCGAAUCUACCUAGUGUUGGUGACCGCUUGUACGAUGAAGCUUUGUAUGAAGCUGCAAAGAUUAUUUUUGCUUUCAUUUCAAACUGGGGCAAGCUGGCCAUCACUCUUGUGAAGUUGAGGCAGUUCCAAGGUGCGGUUGAUGCCGCCCGGAAAGCCAAUAGUGCAAAGACGUGGAAGGAGGUCUGCUUUGCUUGUGUGGAUGCCGAGGAGUUCCGUUUGGCCCAGAUAUGUGGUCUCAAUAUUAUUGUGCAGGUUGACGACCUGGAAGAGGUGAGUGAGUAUUACCAGAACAGAGGAUGCUUUAACGAGCUUAUAUCUCUAAUGGAGAGUGGUCUGGGAUUGGAACGUGCACACAUGGGCAUUUUUACUGAGCUUGGUGUCCUUUAUGCUCGAUACCGCCAUGAGAAGCUCAUGGAACACAUCAAAUUGUUCUCUACCCGUCUCAAUAUCCCGAAGCUUAUCCGAGCAUGUGACGAGCAACAACACUGGCAGGAGUUGACUUACUUGUACAUUCAGUAUGACGAGUUUGACAAUGCCGCCACCACUGUCAUGAAUCACUCCCCAGAAGCUUGGGAUCACAUGCAAUUCAAAGAUAUCAUUGUUAAGGUGGCAAAUGUGGAGCUCUAUUACAAAGCUGUGCACUUCUAUCUGCAAGAGCACCCUGAUCUCAUCAAUGAUGUUCUGAAUGUCCUUGCCCUUCGAUUGGACCACACUCGCGUUGUGGACAUCAUGAGAAAGGCGGGCCACCUACGCCUUGUCAAGCCAUAUAUGGUAGCUGUUCAGAGCAACAAUGUGUCUGCUGUGAAUGAGGCUCUCAAUGAGAUCUAUGUAGAGGAGGAAGAUUAUGACAGACUGCGUGAGUCGAUUGACUUACACGACAGUUUUGACCAGAUUGGCCUUGCUCAGAAGAUUGAGAAACAUGAGCUACUGGAGAUGAGACGUGUUGCGGCAUACAUCUACAAGAAGGCAGGGAGGUGGAAGCAGUCGAUUGCAUUGUCGAAGAAAGAUAAUCUCUACAAAGAUGCGAUGGAGACGGCCUCACAGUCUGGUGAUCGCGAACUUGCUGAGGAGUUGCUAGUUUACUUCAUUGAACAGGGAAAGAAGGAGUGCUUUGCGUCUUGCCUGUUUGUUUGUUACGAUCUGAUUCGCGCGGACGUUGCUCUUGAACUUGCCUGGAUGAACAACAUGAUUGACUUUGCCUUCCCAUAUCUUUUACAGUUUAUCCGGGAGUACACUGGCAAAGUUGAUGAACUUAUUAAGGACAAGAUUGAGUCUCUGAAGGAAGAGAAGGCUAAAGAGGAGGAAGAGAAAGAUGUCAUGAAGCAACAGAAUAUGUACGCUCAGUUGUUGCCACUUGCUUUACCCGCGCCACCUGGCAUGGGAGGAGGUGGCUUUUCUGGGCCGCCUCCUCCCAUGGGCGGCAUGAGCAUGGGGAUGCCACCGCCAUUCGGAAUGCCACCAAUGGGCCAUUACUGAUGGAGACUUUCGGAAGGUAGUUAGUGCUUAGUGGGGAGAGGAAUUUACAUGUGAUUGAUUUCUGGUCUCUUUGUUUGCCUCACAUUUCCUGGAGGUUAAGGUUUCAAAGGUGGAGGCGUAUCGUAUCAUAUGCAUAUUACUUUGACGUUACAAAAGAAGGAAAAAGAAGAAAUAACGUGACCCGGAAUUCUGUCGGCAAUAGGGUGUGGAUAUCUUCUAUAAAUAUAUGUUUCUUUGUGAUAUUCUUUGGUAGGUGUGAGUGAGGUAUUAUAUUUUUUGCAGCAAGAUGUGGCGAAUCUGUAUUAUUGUGAACAUAUCAAGGCAGGUGACCAGACCUGAUAGAGAGACUUUAGGUUGUACUUAUUUCUCACUUGGCAAAUCUGUGAUGACUGCGAAUGUCUUCUCGUGUGUUUUGGUGGUAAUUUUGGUCUUGUUGUUCUAUACUUUAUUGCAUGUUCAUAGAAUGCAAGUUGGGUUUCUACUUUAAUUUUAUAUAUCAUAUGUUUCCUCAAUUUUUUCUUACAUGAAAGAUAUUGUCAUCGAAAGUUAGGAGAACAAUCACAUGUAUUACUUCUUUC